UAAACCUCUUCCCCCUUUAACUCUGGGUGUCGGGUAUUUUGUCUCAGCAAUGAGAGAAAAGUAACCAACACAAGGAUGCUGAUCUGCUUGCCCACCACUCAGUGCCUAAAUCCAAACUCAGCAGGGUAGCCACAUGGGCAAAUGCAGUGUGAGUGGUUGCGAGAAGAGGAAGAACUUGGUAUUCUGUGUGAUACCACAGCCAUUUAGACACUGGCUUCUACCAAAGAGAAUGGAGAAUUGGUUGAUUUGGAGUAGAAUCAUCCUUUUAAGUGAAGGGAGGGAGGGGAGGUGCUAGAAGAUGCCCUCCACCGCCUGCAACCCUGACAGUGGCUUGAACUGAAGCCAAGAAUAAGGUGCUCUCCCCUUUGGUUUACUGGCAUGCUCUCUUUAAAUCAUGAUGUUAUCUACCCUGUGCCCAGACCCAGAACCUAGUCACAGCGUCAGCUCACACUUCUCACUAAUCUGAAGAUCUAUAGUAUACACACAUUUCUAUGUGAAAUAUAAAGAAAAAAUACUUGUGGAUACCAGAAUUCUGGCCUCUCAUUGUGAGCCUGUUACUCCCUCCAGUUUCCUUCCCUCGUUCUCCUACAAUACAAUUCAUUGCUUUGUUAAUCUCUCCAGUCUGGACCUGUAUCUUGAGAUCACGCCCCGCCAGCUCACUCUCCACACCGCUCUUUCCUCUCAUUGCCCCUUCCAGGGCUCUUCUCAUCCCCUCCUAGUGAAGGGAGGGUUAGGGUUUCAGCCCCACCCUCAGGAAGAUGCACCUUCCCCCUCCCCUGCUCUGUGGUACUUCCUCUCUGGCGGACUUAGCUGACAGCACCCAGACCCAGGGCCAAGCCCCUGGCACUGGGACAGAUCUAGGGAUCAGCUACCUUGUCCUGACCCUGGGAUUGGCACCAGCUUCCAACCAGUAUCUGGCAAAACUUGUAUGUCCUUGUGAUGAACACGAACACUACAACUCUUGCAGCCCCCCCCUCUCGAGGUAACACCUUCAUACCUCUGUUGUCUAUGAUCCUUUUGUCCAUGUCGCUGGCUGUGGGGCUUCCCGGCAACACCUUUGUGGUGUGGAGCAUCCUGAAAAGGAUGCGGAAGCGGUCAGUCACUGCCCUGAUGGUGUUGAACUUGGCCCUGGCUGACUUGGCCGUAUUGCUCACCGCUCCCUUUUUCCUGCACUUCCUGGCCCAGCGCACGUGGAGUUUUAAACUGGCUGGCUGCCGCCUGUGCCACUAUAUCUGUGGAGUCAGCAUGUAUGCCAGUGUCCUGCUCAUCACGGCCAUGAGUCUGGACCGUUCCCUGGCAGUGGCCAGUCCCUUUCUGUCCCAGAAGAUGCGCACCAAGGCGGCGGCCCGGUGGCUGCUGGCAGGCAUCUGGGUGGCUUCCUUCCUGCUGGCCACGCCAGUCCUCGUGUUCCGCACGGUGAUGAGGGUGUCCAAGGAGACCAUAGUCUGCAAGGCAGAGUACCCCAGCGAAAGGCACAGGGCCUUUCAUCUGUUCUUCGAGGCCUUCACGGGAUUCGUGGUGCCCUUCCUGGUAGUGGUGGGCAGCUACUCUGACAUCAGCCGUCGGCUGCAGGCGCGGCGCUUCCGCCGCAGCCGCCGCACCGGCCGCCUGGUGGUGCUCAUCAUCGUGGCCUUCGCGGCUUUCUGGCUGCCCUACCACGUGGUGAAUCUGGUCGAGGGGAGCCGCGCGCUGGCCAGGACGCUAGCCCAGUCCCGCCAACAGCUGCAGAACGCCCGCUACGUGUGCAUCGCUCUGGCCUUCCUGAGCAGCAGCGUGAACCCGCUAUUGUACGCAUGCGCCGGCGGCAGCCUGCUGCGCUCGGCAGGCUUGGGCUUCGUCGCCAAGAUGCUGGAGGCCACUGGCUCAGAAACGUUCAGCACCCGCCGCGGGGGCACCCUAGGCAAGACUGUGAAGAGUGCCCCUGAGCCUCCGGAGACUGGCACCGCUGAAAGCCUCGACCCUCUCAAGCAAAGCGAAUCGAGCUAGGCCUAGUGGAAGGAUCCUCGCUUUCCUCCUGGAGGAAUGCCCCAUGCUUUUGGACCCAAUUCUGUACUCGGAGAACAG